UACGUGGAAGUCGAAGUUCAGAAGAAGACAGUAGUGAACGUUAUUAAAAACGUUCUGAUACCGAUUCAAGGCAAGGACGGAUCAGUGUCGUACGAGCUGAAGGACAUUGGCGUGCGUGUGAAUGCUGAGGGUUACCAGCCCCGCGUUACCCAAAUCAGCACCUAUUAAAAAAGGAAAUAGAAGACCUAGAAGGGCAGCCGUACGUAGGACGUUGAAGAGAGUGGAGAGUGUAAGAGUAGUCGAAGAGGACUUGAUAAAAACUGGAGAAGAAGAAUCAGAGGAAUCAUCAACGACAGGUACGACCGAAGACGAAGCGGUUACCGAGAAUCUGCGAAGCGUUUGCCCUUCUUGUCACAAGAGAUUCGCCAAUAACCACCUGAUGGGCAGGCAUUUUACCAAAAUGCACAAAAACCAUUACCGUUGCAAGGGAUGCGAAUAUAUUUACGAAUCCAAGGAUAUCCUCGAGGAACACUCCCAAUUUCACAAGAAAAAAUCAACCCCGUUGGAUUGUCCUUCCUGUCAUAAGAAGUAUAAGCAUCAGGGGGGCCUGAGACGACAUCAGAUCCGCGCGCACAGUAUGGUCGAACCUAAAGCGAUUCGCAACAAGAAUGACGAUGCUCCGGUAUCCGAUGACGAGUCUCAAAAAACCAAUCGGUUACGAAUGAAGAGCUACACUUGCCGUAACUGUGACAACGUUUACCUGGAGUAUUCCCACUUGGUAGCUCACGAACGUCUCACUCACGGGAUACGGAAAAAGGAACCGAAGAAGUUCAAGUGCAACGUGUGCAAAAGGAAUUUUCGCAGCGAAUUCAAUCUUCGUCGUCACUCUGGAUUCCACGAAAAGAGCUUUUACUGCGACGACUGCGGCGGGGAAUUCACGAGCAAGCAGUCCAUAAGGAUGCACAUGCGGAAGCACACGGGUGAAAAGCCUUACAAGUGCAAAUUGUGCUCGAGAACCUACGCUCAAGUAGGCGUACUUAGGGUGCACAUGCUGACCCACACGGGGGAGAGGCCGUACGUGUGCAACAUUUGCGGGAAAAGGUUUACUCAGAGGAGUAGCAUGAUGUAUCAUCAUCGCAAGCACCCUGGGAAUCACCCGCCACCGCCUCGUGUGUCUCUUACUGGUCUUGAGACUAAUGUGGAUUAAUUGUAAUUGAUACCACUGAUCGCAGUAACGCCUACUACAGUGUACUCUGCAAUUCCGGACCCUCUAGUAUCUAACGAAGUGGCUAAUCAGAAUGCGCAGUGUGGUAACGAAAGCACCUGUGAUUCGUCUUUAAAGGGAGCCCAGG